AUGGGAGGGCUUCAAUCAUUGCUCUACGACGACGCCGCCGAUAGUGACGAGAACCGGGUAGAUAUCGACGACGAUCCUGCUGAACCAGUCCGCCAUGUGCGCUGGCUGCUCUCCGAGCUCGGCCUCCCGAUGGAGCUGGUGCUCGACAUCAUGGACCUCGCGGAGUACUACCCCGCCGUCUUUGCCGAACGCAGCGACCCGGUCCGGAUGCGCUCAGACCAGCACACGCGCGGGGACAACUGUUCCGCCUUGCUGUACCUCGUCAGCCCUCUGCUCCCCGCAGGAAAGGAGGGCGAGAACUGGCGGAUGAAGAGCGUGACGUGGCAUAUUGAGGGCAGGGACCAAGGAUGGGGCGGAGAACAGCAAGGUAUUAUUGUACGAAUAGGCACAUUCCAUGGCUCAUACUCGUGGUACGAAGCAUGCAUCCUCCGGCCGAUCGACUACGACCCCGAGACACUGAAGGCGCAAAGCGACCGCCUCGACGCCAUCUUGUCGACCCACGAUCUACACCGCACAACCGCAGACUUCGUCCCGAUCGCCCAGCAAGCGGGAUGGACUCUUGUGCCCGACGCCGAGGACAGAUAUGCCUGGCAUGUUCAAUCCAACAAGGUGGCAGAAGCCGCGUUCGAACGUUAUGCAGUUGAAUGGCGGGCUGGACAGUCGUUCGAUACCCAGGAUGCGGAGGAACAUGGAUACGGCAAUGGGACGGGUUUUCUGCAGGCACUGCGGCCUGGGGACAGGGUAGGCUUAGUGAUGAGAGCCCAGUACGGGGGCUGGGAGAACUUGUUGAGAUAUGCAGAUGUCAAGCUGGUGUACGACGUGCGGUGA